GUCACUCGUCACAUCACAGUAGUCAAUCCCAACAGUAGCGGUGCACCGUGGACAGUUUGUGAGGUGACUCUCCAAGUUUCCGAGAAACAGCGCAGAUGUUCAACUCGUGUGCAUAUCGUUCUUGCAAUGAGAUUUCAUUUAGACAGAAAUCUCCUGGUAAUCGCACUUGUAAUAAUAUGGACUGUAUAUAUGAAUGAGGUAAGAAGAAGUCUUCAAAAUGUAAAAUUUCUGCCCAAAACCCCUGGAACCAAGAACAUCCAUUACUGGAAAAGGCCACCAUGGGUUAGCAAGGAUUUCUUUUAUAACUGCAAACACAAAUGUGAAAUGACAGAAGGAGAAUAUAUCCCAGAGAAUAGUGACGCUGUGAUAUUUCACACACCGGAGCUAUGGGUUGGGCAACCUCCGGCAAAACCUAAGGGUCAAAUCUGGGUGUUUCAUGGUCUUGAGCCACCGAUGAAUUAUAAAAUGUCUUAUUACAAUUGGCACAACGUAUUUAACUGGACAAUGUCAUACAGACGCGACGCCGACAUCUACCAACCUUAUGGGAUUUUCCAGAAUCCGACUUUUACUAAACCAAUUCAGAAAAUAUUUAAACCGUGGCUGAAGAAAACUGCAGCUUGGUUUGUUGGUAAUUGUCACAGUCAGAGUAAACGAGAACAGUUUGUAAAACUGUUACAGUUGUAUGUCGACGUAGAUGUGUACGGGUACUGUGGAACACGUACAUGUAUAAAACAUGGAAAGGACCAUUCCUGUCUAGACCUACUUAACAAAUCGUACAACUUUUAUUUAUCUUUUGAAAGUUCUUUAUGUCGUGACUAUGUGACAGAAAAGUUUUUUAAAGUUUUUAAAACGUCUAAUGUGGUACCGGUAGUGAGAGGGAACGCCCACUAUAAUAUGUACGGCCCUCCAGGUUCCUUCAUUGACAGUGCUAAUUUUACAUCAACAAGGAAGCUUGCUCAACAUCUCUCUUCCGUGGCAAUGAGUGAAAAAAUAUUCUCAACAUUUUUAAAAUUCAGAGAGAGUUACGACAUGCACGAUGAUUUUUCGUACCCUUUCUGUGAGUUAUGCCGUCGCGUGCACAAUGCCCCAGCGUACCAGCGUCUGUAUAAUGACAUAGGACAAUGGUUAUAUGGGUCAGACAAAGUGCCUAUUUGUAUCCGUCCAAAAGAUCUAUCAUGAUUGAUAUGUAUUAAAAGUAUACUUUCA